UUAUGCUAUCCUCGAUAAGACUGGCACGAAGACUGCUAGCCACUCGCGCGUCAGCACGUGCUUGCGGUAUGGCGUCGGGCUCGCAAUUGCGCACCCGCCCUGACGCCAGACACGGUGCGCGAAAUCAUACAAAGGCAGAGCAUCCUCGGCAGCGCGUGGGAUGGCCUGAGCAACGGCCAACACAGACACGCGCACACAAAUACACACACAUCCGUCCGUGCAGUGGACACGUGUGUGUGUCUCUACUUCUCUCUCCCUCCUCUCUCUCCCUCUCUCUCUCCCUCUCUCUCUCCCUCAUCGUACCUACCUUGAGGACCAUGAGCGAGCGGCCGAGCGCAGCUUUGGUAUUCUGACCUUUGUAGAGGCGAUGGAUGUAACAUAAGUGCCCGUCAGGAUACAAAAUGCAGACAGCGGUCUGUACGGUCGUAACAGCUGAAACAAAAGAAGAAAAGCAUGUCUCAAGGACAGAAUUCACUUACGUGCUGCCCUCACCAUCCUCCCACCAUCCUCCCCGCCGGCAAUACACACCUCCCCGUCAGCCUCGGUCACAGCACCCCCACACACCACCCCCACCACCACCGUCACGUCGUCCUUCUUGCCCCCCCGACCCAGACUCCGGCUGUAGGCUGCUCGGCCAAUGGCCUGUGCUAUGGCUUCGGCGUCAUUCUUGUCUUGCUGUCCGAUGAUAUCCAGCAUGCCGUCCAUUUUGAUGUUAUCGAACACGCCGUCCGUUGCGGCUAUCACAAUGUCCCCCUCCUGCACAGCAGCUGUGCAGCACUGCACCCCCAGUGGGCUCCGCUCUUCUGUCGCCUCGUCAAUGAAGAAGGAUGGCGCACAGGGAGGGCGGGCCACCAGGUCCUCUGGGGUGGGGUCGACGUUGAUCUCUCGUCGGCACCCACAGAGGCAGGCAGGAAAUAACUCAAACAACUGCAUCCACACACACACACACACACAGUGAUACCAAGACACGUCCCUCGCCCACUCGCUGACCAUUUGGUGGUGGUGGCGGUGGCUAUGGUGCAUGACUUGCCGCCGGCCGUGGCGCUCACCACCUCCCAUCGAUCCAGCUGGUGUUUUUGAUGUGCGCAGAUCUCGAGUGCCGACAUCAGGUACUGUAGGCACCCACAUACACAUACACAUACACCCACAUCCACACGCACCCCAAGGGCGCUGUGUGUCUGGUCAUGUGCAGACUCACUCUGUAAGGUGUGAAGGCCGUAUGGAUGUACUCCCUCACGCGUGGCGGCGACUCGCCCAGGCACGCUGGCCAUCCCCAUGCCGUGACGGAGACAAAAAAGCCGAAGCCGAUACGUCGUCCUUGGCAGCCGCCCAGCCGAUGCGCAAAAGCAGCGACUGCAGCCACGGCCUCGCGCUCGAUUGCAGCAUCAUACUUGGUGAGGUCGUUGAAUGUGAUGAAGAGGGAGAAGAUGUCCUGCUGGCGAAGCCCUUCUCGGCUGCAGCCCCGGCUGGGCCCUACUCGGCCGCCCUGAGUAAUGUCUCGGUCGAAUAUAAAAUGUAGGCAGGGAUAUUGCCUACAAAGAUAUCACACAAGCCCCAGAUAUCACGCUGUCUGAUGGCUGCAUCAUAGUCAUCUCUCGUGCUUACGUUGCCGGAGGCGGGAAAAACAGGUCGACGUCUCGCGAAUGCUGCGUUGCCAUGGUGCUGUGUGCUGCCCUCUUUCUGCUUUCUAUCUCUUCUGACUGCUCUUUUUCUGUCUUUUUUCUCUGAGGCAGCCGACGUUGAUGGUGACGAGAGGGCUCCCAUUUUCCCAGCUCCUCACUGUCCCAUCUGGUGACACACCGCACAGACACACACACACACACACACGCGGAGAGAGAGAGAGAGAGAGAGAGAGACAUGGAGGGUUCCCUGGUGAUCACGAUGGGGUCAUAUUCAACUAUCUCCCAACUCACCGCAGUGCCCUGCACCCAUGCAGCCAGCCAGCCAGACAGGCAAAUGGUAUGUGGCUCGUUCCUGUGUGCGUGUGGUCCAUUCCCUCCCUUACUGGCGUGGGGACGGUGACGUCGUCGGCCUGUGACGGUGAGGGCUUCUGGAUAUGCGGCUGCGGCAGGACACUGAUCGACGAGCUGGAGCUGGCCUCCGACAACGUUGCGACAAGGAGGAAGGCAAACAAACACCGAACAUAGCCCUCCUGUGGCUGCACGCCUCUCCCGUGCAAUCCAUUACCUGGUGCCUGCCUGUUC